AUGGACAUGCGCGUCACGUACAGCGGCCAGCACACGCACGGCCUGCCGCCCAGGCUGCAGCGCGAGGUCUUCACAUACGCCACCACGCCCGCCCAGCUGCCGCCCAACAUCUCCGUGCCGCCCAACGUGCUCGCUGCUGCGGCAGCCAAUGCUGCUACAGCCGGCGCUGCUACAACCGGCGCUGCUACAGCUGGCGCUGCGAGCUCUUCUGCCGUGUCUGCGGAUUCCAAUCCCGUUAGUGGCGGCCCGUCCCCCAUCUCCCCUCCGCUCACUGCUUCCCCCGCCCCACCCGCCCCUUCUCCUGCUGCUCCAGCUGCUUCUGCUCCUGCUGCUGCUACUCACCCUGCUGCCUCUGCUUCUCCUGCUCUCAACUCACCUGUUAUGAGCGGCGCCGGUAACCAGGUAACUGGUAACACGGCGCACGCGUGCAGCCCUGCUCACCACGUGCAGUCGCAGCCCACCCAGACGGCCCCUCGCUUCCUCUCUCCACAGCAACCACAGCAGCAGCAGCAGCAGCAGCAGCAGCAACAGCAACAGCAACAGCAACAGCAACAGCAGCAGCAGUAUUUACCGCAGCAGCAAGCAGCGCAGCAGCAACUAACACAGGGCUACCGCUUCAGCCCCACAACGCAACAACCGAUGCCGCCCACGCCCACCCAUGCCACCCCCGCACGACGUCAACCCGCCCCAUUACAUGCACAUGCCGCCCCAAAACAUUCCAAUGCCGCCCCAAAACACGCCAAUGCCGUCUCAGGCAUCACCCGUCCCUCCCAGCUGUACCUGCCCCGUCCACCACCCCCACCAGCACCAGCACCAACACCAGCACUACCCCCAUCACCAACACCAGCCCCAGCAGUAGCAGCAGCAGCAGCAGCCCCACCCCAAUCCUCCCCCCUCCGCGUUCGCCCCUCCGCCCCCACCCGCGCCCGUCUGCCCCCCUGCUUCAGUUCACGCGCCUUACGGCGGCGCUGCAGGGUGCAGUGGCGGGCCGCAGAUAACGGUGCACUACCAGCCGGACACGCUGACUCAGCACGGGAUGACGACUCAGCACGGGAUGACGACUCAGCACGGCGUGGUGAGUCAGCAAGGAGUGGUGGUGAGUCAGCAAGCUUCAGCAGGACAGCAUCCAAGCGCCCACCCAUGCUGCAGGCCUCCCCGCAGCUACAGCCGUCCCAGCAGCAGCAGGCGUCACCAUCACCGCUACAACCGCCAGCGCUACAGCCGGGGCCGCUACAGCUACAGCCGUCCGCAUCGCCAGUGCAGCAAUGCACGGCUUCCCCUCACCUGCAGCAGGGCGCACAGCCCGCGUGGUCUGCUGUGCCGCCUGCUGGGGUGGUGUGCUCGCCUGGGCAGCCAUGCACGAUGCACCCGCCUGCUGCUCCGUGCCUGCAGCACACUGCUGCGCCCUGCUGCCCACAUGCCUCCCUGCCCUGCCAGCAGCAGCAGCAGCAGCACCAGUGGCAGUACCAACAACAGCAGCAGCAGCAGCAGCAGCAGCAGCAGCAGCAGCAGCAACAGCAGCCGCAGCAGCAGCAGCAGCAGCAGCAUCAAGAGGGGACAGCAGCACAAGCAGUGGCGCAAGCGGCCCCUCAGGCUCAGCAAGGGGAGGGAAUGAUGCUGCUGGGGAAGUUUAUUCCAUCGCCCUCCCCGUCCCCGUCCCCUUCGCCUGGCGACUCGCCCCGCAGACGCCUGAAAAGGGAGGAGUCAUUUCAAGUGGGUAGGGAUGAGCAGCAGGGGCGUGUGGCGAGGGCAAGGGGGGGUACAAGGGGGAGCGGGGGCGUGGUGCAGCGGCUGACAGCGCAGUUUGAUGCACACUGUGCGGCAGAGGGGGCUGCUGAUGGCGCUGCAGGUCCCACGCAGCGUGUGGGAGCAUCCAAGAACCAGAGCCGCAAGGAGGUCAACUUGAACCUCUCCCUCUAG